UUGACAAUCGGAUGACCCACAGCCACAGGGUGUGUGUACAUUUGGACUUCCAGAUUGUUGGUUAGUAGGAGUGUCUGACCUGCCUUAUAAAGAGCCGUGUUUCAGUUCAGGCUCAGUGAUAACUACAGGAAGCUGUUGAAACACUUGCAAGAUGUUGAGAACUACUCUGUGGUUGUUAGUGGGAGUGUUUGUGUGGGGGUUUGCAUCCUGCAUCACAUGUCCUGACGGGAACCACUGUAGUGAUCACGCCACCUGCUGUAAGACUGAGGAUGGAUAUAGCUGCUGCCCAUAUCCCAAAGCUGUGUGUUGCGCUGACCUGGCCCACUGCUGCCCUUCAGGGUUUCGCUGUGACCAGGUCACUCAGAUGUGUGAGAAAGAGCCGUGGACCAGAAUCCCCAUGGCGAAGAAGGAAGCUGCAGAGAAGCCAAGCACUCCUGUUCUACCAGCAUCUCCCAUUCAGGACCUCCAAGACAAUGCUGUACAAGAGCAAAAGAAGAGUUCAGUUGUCCAUUGUGACUACUAUAACAUAUGUCCUGAUGGGGCUACCUGCUGCAGACACCCAACGGGUGUCUGGUUCUGUUGCCCGUACGCUUCUACACCAAUGAUGGCUCUGACAGAAACCAGUGAUGGUAGCCCCGAGGCUGGAGUCAUUCGCUGUGAUUCCCAGUUUUAUUGCAAAGCAGGGACAACUUGCUGCAAAGACCCCACAGGCCAUUGGAACUGCUGUCCUUACCCACUGGGCUCGUGUUGUCAAGAUGGAAAGCACUGCUGCGAGUAUGGCUUUAAGUGCUCCUCCACCUCCCUGUUAUGUGUAAAUGGGUACGCUGAGAUUCCAUCAGGAGCCCGGGAACAUGCCAAAUCAACCGAAGACAUGUUGUAAAAGUUUGUGCACUGUGAUAGUUUUGUGACUGUUUUGGUAUAUAUUUCAGGAUUAGGAUUAUCAAACAUGAAUGAUAAGAUCUAUAUGGAAAUUGAACAAGUUUAUAGCCUACUGUGCUUACAUCUUCAAAAGAUGAUGUUACUUAUCCAGACAAAUUCUACUGUAGCUAUGCUGUUUUGUUUUUUUCUCUCUCUCAACGGUUGGGAUGUCAACAUUUUCAGUGUUCAGUUUAUCAAGGCAUCAAGAUAACAGCUUGUAUUCAUUGCAGUGGUGUAGUAGGGUAUUGAGGAUGUUUAAUCUGAAGAUGUCUAUUGAGAAAUGGAGAAUCAUUGAUGAUUUAAUGCCAAUCUAAAAAACAAUUAUGAUCACUUUUUUAUGUAACAGAAAAUCUAACAUUUUAUAAACUUUUUUGUUAAAAAUAUGCGAAAUUGAGUGCAUUUCAUUCAUCCUCCUGCAGCCUGAAAUCAAUAUAUCACUGGGUGACUCGCCCACUUAAAUGCAUCAAUUAUUAUAACUAAAACAUAUUAUUCUGUAAUGGGCCAAUUUGCGUAAUGAGUACUUUUUGAGUAGAAGUAUAUACUGAUGCUAAUCAUUUUGUAAUUUGAUUUGAGUAAUAUUGUGAUUGCCAGACUUUUACUGUACUGUAGUGUUCCUUCACUCUGUUACUUCUCCCACCUGUGCACUCACCAGUAUUUUCCCUUACCAUUGUUAUUUGUUAUUUGUGGGACGAUUAAAGGUAUUCUCAUUCUGAUAAGGAGGAUACAUUUCCCAACGUGGUUGCUGUCAAAGGGCUUUUACUUUGAAAGGAAAUAAACGGAAGUUACAUUUUCA